AUGCAACGACCACCAAGAUAUCCAGGACUUUCGUCUGUGGAGGAGAAAGUUGCGUUGGCUUUGGCUGAUAAAGAAGGAAUAGCACUGAAAAGACAAAGAGCGAUUCAAGAAGAAGCGGAAAAGAAAAGAUUGAAGAAAGAAGCCGCUGAUAGAGCAAAACAAAAAGCACUUGUGAAAAUGUUCACAAACCCGCGUACUCGUUGUCUGAGAUGCUUCGGCACCCAACCGAAAACCAAUCCAACAAAAGCAAAUCCAACAAAAACCAAUCCAACCAAAACAUCCUUUCGAUCCGUCAGUUGUCAAGUCAAACCAAAUAAUAUUCCGGGAUUCCAUUGUCUUCAAUACAUUGGAACAGAAUCGCAGUAUACUGGAGUUCAUUUUAAAGAAGACUAUGGUUAUAUCCGAACGAAAGUCGAAGUUCCUACUUUCCUCCCUUUCAAUGCUCCGAUUCCGGACAGCAUUCCUGAAAAAGUGUUGAGCGUUUGGGAUAAAGAAAAGAAAGCUGAGAAGGUUACAGCUAAAAAGGCUCAAGUUCAAGGAAUAAUAAGAAAUCCAGUCGAAACUGCACCAGUCGAAGAGAAGUAUUGCGGUCCCCUUCUGGAUGGAUCUGCACCUGAAAUGAUUGUGCCAUCUGGAGCACUGGGAAUGACUGAAACUCGGAGAAAACAACAAAUCAAUUAUCAACAAUCAAAAAGGAAAAGAACAGUCGACGCGGGUUUCGGUAUUUCUGAAGCGGGGCCACCGAAAUUUUACAAACCGAAAUCAUAUCAGCCAAUUGAUCAUUUGAAUUCGCACGAUUCUUAUUAUGAAGGAUCAAUGCCGUCGUCUUCAUCAUCGUUUCCAACAAUUUCUGAUUUCGAGUCAGAGCCAGGGAAUAUUGAUCCAAUCAGUCAAAGUAUCCUGCGUUGCAUAGAGAACUCAUUGACUGAAACUAGAGAAGAAUCAGAUUUUCCUAUCGAAUAUUCGAAUGAAAAAUCCAUAGAAGUUGACAAUCUCAUCGCUCAGGUUCACGAAUUCGCUGCUCCUAUUGAAGAACCAGCUCCUGAAUUGACCGAAGAGGAGAAGAGACGCAUCGAAGAUAAUGAGAAGGCGAUCGCUCGUUUCCGAGAAAUCGGUCGACGAAUUUGCGAGAUCGAACUCAUCGAUUUCUCGGCGGAUAAAGGGAAAAACGAUCGAAAAACGUUCAUGAUCGCUUCUCGAGGAGAAGAAAUUCUUGCGACUGUCAAACGGAAUCUGGCAGUAAUUCGAGAUAAGCUUGGAGAAUAUGCGAAAGGAACAAUCUUCGAUUACGUCGAUGAGUUGUCAAAUUCAUUUGCCGAUGUUACUCCGAAUGCAAUCACUCGUCUCAAUAUGGUUGUCGCUGAAAAAAUGAGACAAAACACAAUGCAAGAAGUGGAGAAAGCAGCAACAUCUUCGUUGGAGUCAGGGGAAUUCAAAACGGAAGACUUUGAAGUCAAACUUGAACCACCCGAAUAUACGGAAGAUUAA